CUUUUUCUUGGCACACAUUGAUCCACGUGUCAUCCACUUCCACCACAACUUCAUUUCCUAACCUAGGGUAGAUAUAGAUAGCUCCAGUCUCUUCCAAACACUUAAAACCCACAAAAAAAUCAGAAGUUUCUAGACACAGGAGCCCUCAAAUUUAAACCAUAACCAACCAUGGUUGAAAACGGUGGUGCUAGUGGUGGUGCCAAGUGUUUUCCGACAGGGUGGCACGUGGCUCGAAAGCUAUGUGAUUCUUGCGACUCCGCGGCAGCCUUGCUGUUCUGCCGUAAGCACAGGGCUUUUAUGUGUAUGGCGUGUGAUGUGAAGCUGCACCGCCACAUGAGGCACGACCGUGUGUGGAUGUGCGAGGUGUGUGAACAAGCACCUGCUUGUUUCAAUUGUAAGGCGGACGACGCUGCGCUAUGCGUCACUUGCGAUACAGAUAUACACUCGGCGAAUCCGCUUGCUCGCCGUCACGAGCGAAUUCCGGUGGUUCCGUUCUAUGAUUCUGCGGAGGAUGCUCUCGUCAACUCUACCGCCGGUAACCUACUACAUCCGGUCUCCGGUUACGGAAACAAUGAUCAAUUGAAUAGUUCCGUUGCCAAGGAAGAUAAUAAUGAUAGUUGGGGAGUUCCGACUACGACGAAUGUGAAUGUUAAAUUUCCUACCAGUACUUCUCAGACGGAUAUGAAAUCAAUAGAUCUGUUUGCUGCUGCUGAUCGUAUCUUCGAUUUUGGUUUCCCGAUUACAACAGAGGUUAAACAUCAAAGCCAAUUCCGUGAUUCAGUUACCGAUGGCGUGGUUCCAGUCCAAACAACUGUGCCGGCAACGAAUUUUCUAGAUGUACAAAGAGUCGAUCAUCAAUCACCGGGAACUCCAUACGAGAUCGAUUUCACCAGAUCUACUACCAAUUCGAACAACAAAAGCAACUCGCAGUCGCAUAACCAUAAUGUAUCGUGUUCAUCGAUGGAAGCCGGCGUAGUACCGGAACAAAAAUCGAUAUCACAUCCAUUGAUGGUAGCAGGAGAAACGCAAAUAACAAAAAGGUUGUCAGGAAUGGAUAGGGAGGCUAGGGUUUUGAGGUACAAGGAAAAGAGGAAGAAGAGAAAGUUCGAGAAGAAAAUCCGAUACGCUUCUCGGAAGGCGUAUGCUGAGAUGCGGCCGAGGAUCAAAGGCCGGUUUGCAAAGCGAACAGAGUCGACGACGGAGUUGGAUGUAGAUCGGUGGUUGUUGACGGCGGAGUGUAAUACCAAUGGUUAUGGUGCGGAGGAGGAGUACGGCGUCUUUCCUUCGUUUUGAAGGACGGCGUACUCGUACAGUUGGUGUAAAACAUUUAUCAGGGAAAUUAGCGUCUAACUAUUUUUCUCUUUUCAGUAAGCUCUCAUUCUAAUUCACAACUUCAAUUAUAACUGAAAUCUAUUUUUAUUUUACUUUUUUUAUUAUCAA